AUAGUUGUAACUACAGUUGCAUCUAAGAUCUUCAGGUCGAUUGAGAUUAAAUUAUUAAACUGGAAUUGUAUUGGCCAUUUUUUGAACUCUUGAAAUGUCAAAAAUAUUCGGACACACGAGUCACUGAUGCGUGAAAAGAAAUGGAGAUUUAAGUCCUUUACGCAGCUCCAUUGAUAGAACAACCAGGGAAGCUCCGCUGAGUUUUAACACCUUGCGUGCAGCAGAGAAAUCAUAACGCUGAGCUCUACUCGGCACUCAGCCGAAAGGGUAGAAGAGUAAGGGGAGGCGGGAGAGUCGGCGGGAGGGCAUCGUGGUGAGGGUUGUGUGCGUAUUUGGGGAGGGUUGGAGUUUCAGUCAGCCAAUGAAGGAAGUCCUGGAUCUACGCGACACGUUGAGAGGUUAUAAAUUGUGAGGCGUACGGUAUCGAGGUACAUUUAAACUGAGCUGCGAGGGGGCAGGGAGACACGCUCUUACAGCGCAACGAAACAACAACUAAACCAACACCUGGGUCUCUGUCGUGAGGAAUUGGUCCUCUUUUCGGAGAUGUCCCACGUCCAGUUAUCGAGCAGCGCGCUGGAGAGGCUGGUGGCCCGCAGGACCUUCCCUCUCCAGAGGCGCACCGGCGUGUGCCGCAGUCUUUUCGGGCCGGUGGAUCACGACGAGCUGAGUCGGGAUGUGAAAGCCAAGCUGCGGGAGAUUUCCGAGCGGGACCAGCAGAGAUGGAACUUUAAUUUCGAGGACAACACCCCGCUGGAAGGGGACUACGAGUGGGAAGAGAUGCCCGUGGAGAGGACGGCGGCGUUUUAUCGGGAAUCGGUGCAGAGCGGCAGGACGCGCGUCCCGGCGACGCCCGUAAAGCAGACGCCCUCCUCGGAAUCCGUUAUGUCGGAGAGCUCCGACGGGGAUGUAAUGGAGCGCUUAGCGGUACCGGAGAGUGACCGCAGCAGCGUCGUCGGCGGCGACGGGGAAAGCAGCUUCCCGACCCCGGUGGAGGUGAACCAGGAGAACCGGCCGGUCACAGGGAUCUCAGGGACUCGCAGACAGGCUCCCUGUGUUCGGCGCAAGAGGUCGUCGACUGCUGCUGAUGACAACAACACGCACAUCACAGACUUCUUCGUGAAACGAAAAAAGGCUGCCGACAGACUUCCCAAGCCUCCCAUCUCGGUGAAACAAACUUCGCGAAAGAGGAUUCGUUGAACGUGGCGUUUUUUUUCUUCUUCUUCUUUUACACUUUUUUUUUUUUUGGUUGCACUACUUCCCUGCGCGUUUUUGAGGAUUCCUACGGACCGAGAGCCGCUUUUAAGGCCGCCGGAGGAGGGGAAGAAGAGAAACGGGGACAAAGAAGAGGGGAGUCCCGCUAUUCCGCCGGCUCGAACCUCGGUGAAUCCCCGGCGGAACGAAGCCUCGACGCCGCCCGCAGCUCCUCUCAGGACUGAACGGUUUGGGAACUCAAAGGGGCGAGUGGGUGGAAGAAGGGAAAAAAAAAAAAAAAAA